AUGAUGGCUCCCCUGCCAUGCUGGUUACCACGCCCCCUGCUUCCUGCUUGCGGGGAAGGGGGAGGAAGGGAGAGGAAGGGGGAGGAAAGGAGAGGAAGGAGGUGGAAGGAGGAGGAAGGGGGAAGUAGGGUGAGGAAGUGGGAGGAAGGGGGAGGAAGGGGGAGGAAGGGGGGUGAAGGGGGGGGAAGGGGGAGGAAGCGGGGGGGGAGGGGGGGGAAGCGGGAGGAAGGGGGAGGAAGUGGGAGGAAAGGGGAGCAAGGGAACGGGGAAAUAGAGGCGAGCGGGGGUUAUAAGAUGAGAGAUGGGGGCGUGCAGUGCAGGCAGGGGAGUGAAAGGCUGAGCACUGUUGAAACUGCAUGGGUGACUGGAAGGGGGAUGGUGCAUGAGGGUUACCUGUACAAGGAGGUGCAUGAGGGUUACCUGUACAAGGAGGUGCAUGAGGGUUACCUGUACAAGGAGGUGCAUGUGGGUUACCUGUACAAGGAGGUGCAUGUGGGUUACCUGUACAAGGAGGUGCAUGAGGGUUACCUGUACAAGGAGGUGCAUGUGGGUUACCUGUCCAAGGAGGUGCAUGAGGGUUACCUGUACAAGGAGGUGCAUGAGGGUUACCUGUACAAGGAGGUGCAUGUGGGUUACCUGUACAAGGAGGUGCAUGUGGGUUACCUGUACAAGGAGGUGCAUGAGGGUUACCUGUACAAGGAGGUGCAUGUGGGUUACCUGUACAAGGAGGUGCAUGAGGGUUACCUGUACAAGGAGGUGCAUGUGGGUUACCUGUACAAGGAGGUGCAUGAGGGUUACCUGUACAAGGAGGUGCAUGUGGGUUACCUGUACAAGGAGGUGCAUGAGGGUUACCUGUACAAGGAGGUGCAUGUGGGUUACCUGUACAAGGAGGUGCAUGUGGGUUACCUGUACAAGGAGGUGCAUGUGGGUUACCUGUACAAGGAGGUGCAUGUGUGUUACCUGUACAAGGAGGUGCAUGUGGGUUACCUGUACAAGGAGGUGCAUGUGGGUUACCUGUACAAGGAGGUGCAUGUGGGUUACCUGUACAAGGAGGUGCAUGUGGGUUACCUGUACAAGGAGGUGCAUGUGGGUUACCUGUACAAGGAGGUGCAUGUGGGUUACCUGUACAAGGAGGUGCAUGUGGGUUACCUGUACAAGGAGGUGCAUGUGGGUUACCUGUACAAGGAGGUGCAUGUGGGUUACCUGUACAAGGAGGUGCAUGUGGGUUACCUGUACAAGGAGGUGCAUGUGGGUUACCUGUACAAGGAGGUGCAUGUGGGUUACCUGUACAAGGAGGUGCAUGUGGGUUACCUGUACAAGGAGGUGCAUGUGGGUUACCUGUACAAGGAGGUGCAUGAGGGUUACCUGUACAAGGAGGUGCAUGUGGGUUACCUGUACAAGGAGGUGCAUGUGGGUUACCUGUACAAGGAGGUGCAUGUGGGUUACCUGUACAAGGAGGUGCAUGUGGGUUACCUGUACAAGGAGGUGCAUGAGGGUUACCUGUACAAGGAGGUGCAUGUGGGUUACCUGUACAAGGAGGUGCAUGUGGGUUACCUGUACAAGGAGGUGCAUGUGGGUUACCUGUACAAGGAGGUGCAUGAGGGUUACCUGUACAAGGAGGUGAGCUGCUGCUACAUCCCAUGGCUGGUUGCACAAACACGUGGGUAG